AUGAAGAAAUUUUAUUUCUCUCUCCCAUGUCAAAGUCCCUUGCUUCAUAAUUUCCCAUUUGCUCCAAGCUCCUUGUUUCAUGUCUUUGAUGGCAGUAACAUUUUUCCCACCUCUUCUCUUUCACAUUCUCUCUUACUAUUUCUUUUCUACUCUGAUCGAUCUCUUGCCUCUUUUUUUUCUUUCUUUUUUUUUUCCUUUUGGUGCCUCUUUUUCUUCUUUCUUUAUUUUUUUUUUUUUCCUUUUGGUGCCUCUUUUUCUUCUUUCUUUAUUUUUUUUUUCCUUUUGGUGCCUCUUUUUCUUCUUUCUUUUCCUUUUUUCUUUUUCUUUAUUUAUUUUUUUUUUUGGUGCCUUUUUUUCUUUCUUUAUUUUUUUUUCUUUCCUUUUUUGCCUCUUUCUUCUUUUUUAUUUUUUUUUUUUUUUUGGUUUUUUCUUCUUUCUUUUUUUUUUUUCCUUUUUUCUUUUUCUUCUUUCUUUAUUUUUUUUUUUCCUUUUGGUGCCUCUUUUCUUCUUUCUUUUUUUUUUUUCUUUUAUUUUUUUUUCUUUAUUUUUUUUUUUCCUUUUUUUUUUUUCUUCUUUUUUUUAUUUUUUUUUGGUGCCUCUUUUUCUUUUUCUUUUUUUUUUUUUCCUUUUUUUUUUCUUUUUCUUUUUCUUCUUUCUUUAUUUUUUUUUCCUUUUGGUGCCUCUUUUUCUUCUUUCUUUAUUUUUUUUUUCCUUUUGGUGCCUCUUUUUCUUCUUUCUUUAUUUUUUUUUUUCCUUUUGGUGCCUCUUUUUCUUCUUUUCCUUUUGGUGCUUCUUCUGUGA